AUGGCAGGUUUUAGACAAGAAACCAGAGCAUCCAUCAAGAACCUGGAGAUUCAAAUGGGUCAAAUAGCCACCAGAAAUGCGUUCGAGAGGCACCGCGUGGUCUUCACUGUUGGGACUUCCAUUGCCUCCGUUGCCACUGCUUGGACCGGGUAUUCAUUGCGCCCUUUUCAUGAUGAAAAGGUUGAACAAAGGCUUGAAUCAAUUGAAAAAGCUAUGAAACACAAGCAUAAUCUAGAACAUUCUGAAAUCAAAGACAUUGUUGGUCCUGGAGGUCUCAGUGUUCCUACUUGUGCCGCCAUUGUCGCAACCACAUUGGUCAUUGGGACUGUUCCUUCUUUCUAG